AUGUGUGAAAUAUUUCCGGAAGUAGACAAAUGCUGUCUCGGAGUAUCACUACGAGUUGGAAUGAUGCUUAUAUCAAUUAUUUCUAUUAUGUCGGGCGUAAUUUUUUUAAGCGUAUUAGAAAAGAAAUCAAAUAUAAAUUACAAUAAAGCGCAAGGUGUUACGGAUAUUCAAGCGACUGAUCAAGCAUUGUCAGCGACAAGUGUCAUCAUACCUACCGGAAUGGUGAUCGUAUCCUUAAUAUUUAUGUUCACAGGAGUCGUGCUUUUCUUUGCUACUUUAGCGGAUGACGAAGGAUUAAUUCAAGUGUUCGUCUGGCUAACAUUUCUUGGGGUAUUAAUUGGCUUCGUAAUGGUUCUGAUGACCGCGUGCGAAUGCCUGUUGAAGCCAGCAUGUAUACUGUCUGACUUCGAUUGGCUGUCGGGGUCUGCUUUGCUGGUGCUAGUUGUUGCUUAUCUGUUUUUGUGGAUAUACUUCAUAACCGUAGCGAACAGCUACGUUAUCCAGAGUACUACUUGACUGAGCAAAAUCAAUCAUAUAUAUAUGAU